AUGCCAUCCACCCAGCACAUCUUCUCGACAGUUCCCCUGGCACCUCCAGAUGCCAUCUUCCAACUCACAGCCGCUUACAAGGCCGAUCAGUUCCAAGACAAAGUCAAUCUUGGCGUCGGAGCUUACAGGGACGAUAGUGGUAAACCAUGGGUGCUUCCGGUAGUUAAGACGAUCAAAAAGGAAUUGGCCGAAGAUGAAAACCUAGACCACGAGUACCAACCUAUCACCGGUAUACCUUCGUUUACCUCGGCUAGUUCAAUCUUGAUCCUCGGGUCUAACAGCAACGCCACAUCCGAGAACCGAGUCGCAAAGGCACAGACGAUCUCGGGUACAGGCGCAAACCAUCUAGGUGGUCUGUUCUUGGCCAAAUUCUAUCAACCUUGGCAAGGUCUACCCGCUGAUCAACGAGUCGUGUAUCUUUCAAAUCCAACAUGGGCAAACCACAAAGCGAUCUUUGCCAACAUGGGCCUUACAACCAAAGAUUAUCCAUACUACGACCCCAAGACGAUCGGCUUGGAUUACAAAGGCUUUGUGGAUGCCUUGAAUUCAGCUCCACCCAUGUCGGUCUUCUUGUUGCAUGCGUGUGCACACAACCCAACCGGAGUCGAUCCAACUCGAGACCAAUGGCAAGAACUGGCCAACAUCUUCCUCUCCAAAGGUCACUACGCCUUCUUCGAUUGCGCAUACCAAGGUUUCGCAUCCGGUGACCUGGAUAAUGACGCCUGGGCAGUCCGCCACUUUGUCGAUCGGAAGAUCCCGCUGUUGAUCUGCCAAAGUUUUGCCAAGAAUGCUGGGCUCUAUGGAGAGAGAAUCGGGUGUUUGACCGUCGUCGCGAAAGACCGAGAAGAGGCCGGUCGAAUACAGAGUCAGAUUAGUGUUUUACAACGUAGUGAAAUAUCCAACCCCCCCGCUUACGGCGCUCGAAUCGUUUCUAAGAUUUUAAAUGAGCCCCAUCAUUUCGAACAAUGGAAGAAGGAUGUCAAGACGAUGGCUGACCGGAUUAUCGAAAUGCGAAGAAAACUGCGGGAUUUACUCGAGAAUAAAUACAAAACACCUGGUUCAUGGGAACACAUCACUCGACAGAUUGGCAUGUUUUCGUUCACUGGCUUGACUCCCCCUCAAGUCGAAAAGAUGAUCGAGAACGCUCACAUCUACAUGACUGGCAAUGGCCGAAUUUCGAUGGCUGGAUUGAACUCUUCCAACGUCGAAUAUGUCGCUGCUUGUAUUGACAAAGCGGUCCGAGGAGCUAAACUAUAA